ACAUUGCAAAUCUUUGUCUUGACCAUGUUCCUCUUUGGCGACAAACAGCGCAAGGCUCAAGAGGAGAUCGAUUGUGUCGUCGGCGCUGACAGGCUGCCAACCUACAAGGACCGAGAUUCUCUUCCAUACAUCGAAGCCCUUAUCUGCGAAUUGUUGUGCUGGCAUCCCUCUGUACCGAUGGGCAUCCCUCACUACUUGACGGAGGACAAUAUAUUCGAAGGA